CUGCCCUGCGCCCGGGGGAGGGGAGGCUUUGUCCGGAUACGUGGUGGAACUUGAGGCGGUCCUUGAGACCCACGCACACGGACCGUCCGGGAUCAUCCAACCCAGCCCCUCUCCACCAUUGACCAAACUUUAAAAAAUGGCACCCUCCACUUCUUCCCAACUUUUUGCUGCGCUAUUAAUCGCCCUUUCCAUCUGUGCUGUGAACUCCCAGUAUGAAAAAUACAGCUUCAGGAGUUUUCCAAGGCAUGAGCUGAUGCCUCUGGAGUCCGCUUACAAAUACGCACUGGACCAGUACACCGGGGAGAAGUGGAAGGAGACGGUGGAGUACAUAGAGGUGUCUCUGCGGCUCUAUCGGCUGCUGCGGGACAGCGAGGCCUUCUGCAACCUCAACUGCAGCUCCGUGAGGCUGGACGACGAGCAGAAGUUUGCGGAGUUUCCCGAGCUGCGGGCGUUUGGCAACGUUAUGAAGAGGGCACAGUGUCUUAAGCGCUGCAAGCAGGGGCUGCCCGCUUUCAGACAGACCAUGCCCAGCCGGGACACCAUAGAUGAAUUUGAGAGGAGAGAGCCGUACAAAUACUUGCAGUACGCCUACUUCAAGUCUGACAACCUGGCCAAGGCGGUGUCUGCUGCCCACACCUUCCUGCUGAAACACCCAGAUGAUGAUAUGAUGCAGAGGAACAUGGCCUACUACAAGAGUCUGCCUGGGGCUGAAGAGCACCUCAAAGACCUGGAGACCAAAUCCUAUGAGACGUUGUUUGUGCGUGCAGUGAGGGCGUAUAAUGGGGACAACUUCCGUACCUCAGUGUCAGACAUGGAGCUGGCUCUGAGGGACUUCUUCAAGGUCUACGACGAGUGUCUGGCUGCGUCUGAGGGCCCGAGGGACGUCAAAGACUUUAAAGAAUUCUACCCCUCCAUAGCCGAUCACUACAUAGAAGUCCUUGAGAGGAAAGUGAGGUGUGAAAAUGACCUGACACCUGUUGUAGGGGGAUUUAUUGUUGAGAAGUUUGUGGCCACCAUGUACCACUACCUGCAGUUUGCCUAUUAUAAAUUGAAUGACCUGAAGAACGCAGUACCAUGUGCAGUCAGCUACAUGCUGUUUGACCCCAGUGAUGAAGUCAUGAAGAACAAUGUGGCUUAUUACAAGUUUCACAAAAGCCAGUGGGGGCUGACAGAAGAGGACUUCCUCCCCAGAUCAGAGUCAGUGCGGUACUACAAUCAGACCACCCUGCAGCUACAGAUGCUGGAGUUCUCCAGACAGCAUCUCGUAAGCGAUGAUGAGGGGGAGGUGGUGGAGUUUAUAGAUGAGUUCCUGGAAGAGAAUGAAUAGUCCACGUUGGAAACUCUGCUGAAACACUGAAAAACAAACACAAACAACAGAAAAAGCACCAGUUUGUAUUUAUUGGGUUUUGUAAGAUGCUCUGAUUGGUCACUGUGUUUUUACCCUGCAGCUCCACAUCCUGAAUAUUUUUGCCACAUAAAAUAUCCAGCUCAGAGGUACAGACAUUAAGCACAGUAGCUGAAUGAUUUAAGGUCAAUGAAAAUAACAGAUAUAGAAAUAUUUUUACUUACUGUUUUAUGAAUUCAUUCCUCCACUGUGAAUCAUAGAUGUUGUCUUUCAAAAAUGGUCCUUUUCAUGAUAAAAUAACUUUCCUAA